CCUGAAACCUCACCCAGCUCUGGAGUCUGGGGCUUCUGUGGAGCUCGCAGCAAGCUACUGCAGAAUACAGACUUUUGAAGUUUUGAAACAUUCCCCGUAGGGAGAAAGCGGUGGCGCAGGUUACAUUACCUGACCUGCAAAGGCUCCUGGCAGAUGCAACCUGAACCUUAUUGCAAAGAGCAAUUCCCCAGGCCCCGCCUCCCCAUCCUUUUGGGUUGCACAAGCUCUAGAGAAGCCCCAGGCUAAGUUACCCGUGGCUCAGAAGGGUGCGGCAAGACGAGGGGCCUCUGUGAAGAAAGCCCCAGGGAGCUCUGGAACAAAAACAAGAACGCAUCAAGCAGAUGGGGGAAACUGUCUCGGAGCCGCUAUUCCCUACCAUCAUGGCGCCGCCUGGAACCCGCUCGUCAUGCCUGUUACACGUGCAAGAUUUUUUGCUUCUUGGUUUUGAAACCUCCAAGCAUGCUUCGCCUCCCACCCACCUUCCCACGAAAGAGGUUUUUAUUUUUCAUUGUUUUCCUACGGGAUGCAAUUACUUCGGCUAUUCUGUCAAGUUGAAAAAUAAUCAUUUUUGUUUACUGCACAGCAGCCUCUAAUUAGGAGCUUGUGUGUGCACGAAGGUGUCACAGCAAAGCGACGUGGAAUUCUCGCUAAACGGUUUUAACGAACUCCUCCGUCCUGAACUGACAGGCCAAUGGAAGCAGCAGAGCUUUGAGGCCCCAAGGGCGCUCACCCCUCACCAGCUGGCCACCCUUUUCCCCAAGCAAAGCUGACUAUGGGCUCUCCAGAAGCUGCCGAGUGGAUGGGGCAAGAAGCCAGCCUGUGAGUGGGAAGGAGGGGCGAGGCUCCCUAUUGAGAAAGUGUGGAAAGGAAGGAAUAUCCCAUUUUGUUUUAAUUUUCAACCAUCACUCAAAUCCACCCCCAGUUAAUUAGGAAGGGAAACUGAUAUGUAAGGCAGAAGGAGGCGGCUGGCAAGUGGGGCCCGAAAUCCGCAUUGUGGGUAGAUUAUACAGAUUAUACGGCCUAUGCAGAGUGUAAAUACAUGAUAAAGGCCACUAAGCGAAGGAAAACUGCCUGUGUCAGGGAAGCAAACCCUGGGAGGGUGGGGGAGGACAGGGGGCAGGGGCAGCAAGGGGCGGGCAUUCAGCCUCACAGCCAGCGUUCCCUUCCAUCUCAGGCUCUGAUACAGUUGUGCCUAUCACGUCAGCUUUAGAAACCCACCCCUUCCCCUAGCUCAUGCCCCCUCCUCUAACCUUCGCGGCGGGGGGUGGGACGUGGGGUAAAAACCACAGCCUCCAAUUCAGCACCAAAUCCAUGAACAGCAGACCUUGAUCCUCCACCCUACUUUAGGGCUGGGUCCCCUCCAUAUUUUAGCCAAGUUCAAAAUCACUGCCCCAGGAGAAGAGCAGGGGGACGAGAUUAUAGACGCCGUGGGGGGCACGAAAGGAGGAGGAGAGACAGAGACAGAAUUAGAGAUAGAAAUGGAGGCAGCAAAACACAAGGAAUACUCCACGAGCAAGAGUAAUGACCAUAACCAUGCCAAUAGUGUGAUGUUCUGAUCAAUAUGGCGGACACUGUCAUUCAUACAACUACAGGCGCUCCCCUCCCCUCCCCCCAAAAACACCCACCCCAGGAGUUGGGGUGGAGGACCCAGAACCAACGUAGGGAGUGGGGGAGGGAAUGCAAAGCCAGGUCUCUGUGUGUGCGUGCGUGUGUGUGCGUGCGUGUGUGUGUGUGUGUGUGUGUGUGUGUACACGAAUUAAAAACCAGGCCUGGAGAGCAAUGUGGAGUGAGCAAGGUAAUAAAAACGACUUUAAAAAUUAUUCUUAAUAAAAGUACAAAUCCCAGUGCUACAGGGACUUACUUCAUCUGCUUCACAAUGGUGCUUUUUCCUGAUUCUCCAGCCCCUGUUGGGACACAGACAGGGGGAAAAACUGGUUACUAGGCCAAUUAUACAGAUCUACCAGAUCCAGGGAACACUUAAGAGACUUCAGCCAGGUUCUAUUUCUGAAUGGCUGCAUUUGAAAGAUGGAAGAGGUCAUGGUGUGGUUCCCAGGGGGCGGCUUUGAGAAUGGCUCAGCCUCCAUCUUUGAUGGAUCUGCCCUAGCUGCCUAUGAGGAUGUGCUGGUUGUGACCACCCAGUACUGGCUAGGAAUGUUUGGCUUCUUCAACACAGGGGACCAGCAUGCCCCAGGGAACUGGGCCUUCAUGGACCAGUUGACUGCCUUGUCCUGGGUCCAGGAGAACAUCAAAGGCUUUGGUGGGGACUCAGGCUCUGUGAACAUCUUUGAUGCUGGCACACCUGUUUACUUCUAUGAAUUUCAACACUGGCCCCAGUGCUUUGAAGACACAAAACCAGCCUUUGUCAAAGCUGACCACUCUGAUGAAAUCUGCUUUGUCUUUGGAGGUGCCUUCCUGAUGGGUGAUGUUGUUAUGUUUGGUAAGAAACUGGCCACAGGGGCUCCAGCCCUUGCAGGAACAUGGAACUUGGAAUGAGGUAGGGAAUGAGAAAUCCUAAUGGAAAUGAUCUGCCUCUGUGGCCAGCCUACAAUCAGACAGAGCAGUACCUGAUGCUGAAUUUGAACAUGAGCCUUGGACAGAGACUGAAAGAAAAGAGAGUGGAAGUUUGGACUAAUAUCUUUCCUCUGAUCAUGUCAGCCUCUGAAGCUCUUCUC